ACGCCCGUCCAGAGGGUGCCGGUUCCCACGUAACUCCCACAGCCUGCCCGGCGGCGGGGAGACAGGGAGCGAGCGCCUUAGUGGGGACGGGGGGAGUUUGCCGGGGAAGAGGGACAGCCCUACGAGCUCCGGGUUGGCUACUGGGAGCGGCUGCUGUGAAUGGUAAUUGGAUUCUACAGUUAAGAGGACUCUAGACUGUGAAUUUUAAGCACAUGGUGUUGUCUGUGUUAUGAUCUGAAUUGAGUUUCUACGGAGUGGCAAUAAUGCUGCUGCCUUCCUGGGGUUUGAUCUUCAGGUAGUUAGAAUUAGAAAAGGAAGAUCUUGCAUUGGUUGAAUAUUGCUUGUAGUGCUGAAGAUGAUGGGCUAAAUCUGCUACGUCAGGUUGUCUUGUAGAAGAUAACACUUGUCCCACAAAACUUGCCUGACUUUCCUGUUGAGUGAUCUGCAUUCACCAAAGCUAUGGUGGUGCUCUAUCAAAUAAGUUUUGAUAUUAUUACUGGAAGUUCUCAUCCAUUCAGGUGCUUUUCCUGCUACUGGUCACUCUCUUAAAGCCUAAAAACUCCAAGCGAGAUCAACAGAGAAACAUGUUUGCUUCUCCUCCCUGCUGGCAACAACAGCUUGCUUCCAAAGGAGAAAUCUGAAAGUCCUCAGAAAGUGAGCUAGCUGUAUGGGUGGGUGAGCAACUGUGGAUGUGAGCAGAGCCUCAGAUAAAAGGUUGGAAAACCUACAAAACCUGCUGAGAACAAAGAAGCCCUGAAUCUCUGAGCAAACACAUUUGAACUUAAGGAGCUGAAUCUGAAUAAAGUGUACCAUCUCCAGUUUCCCACAUCUCCUGGGACAGCUGUUCAAAAGCCUGGAUGGAACAUGAGGCUACCCAGCUAGAAAAGCAGCAUGUGCACAGUGUAUAUGAAAAUACAGCUACCUACUUUAGUGAUCUGCAGAGCAAAGCAUGGCCUCGUGUUCGGAACUUCCUGCUGGAACAAAAGCCUGGCAGUCUUGUUGUUGAUAUUGGUUGUGGAACUGGAAAGUAUCUCAGUGUCAACAGUCAAGUGUAUAAUCUCGGCUGUGAUUACUGUGAAGCACUGGUAGAGAUUGCAAGGAAGAAAGAUGAUGAAGUUCUGGUGUGUGACAACCUUAACCUUCCCUUUAGAGACCAGUGCUUCAAUGCAGUCAUUUCCAUUGGAGUGAUACAUCAUUUCUCAACUAAACAAAGAAGAAUCAAAGCAAUAAAGGAAAUGGCAAGGGUAUUGAUACCUGGAGGCCAGAUAAUGAUUUAUGUUUGGGCUAUGGAACAAAAGAAUCGUCACUUUGAGAAACAAGAUGUAUUUGUUCCAUGGAACAAGGCCUUGUGCUCACGCCAUUUUUCAGAAUCAAAUCAAUCUGGAGAUAAGGGUGAGUUUGUGCAUACUGCAAAAGGCCAAGGCAUACACCCUGCACAGCUCAUCAUCUCUGAGUGCAGCUACCAAACCAAUUUGCAGCCAGAAACUGAUUCAAAACAUUCCCACAAUAUGGGCCAUUGCUUACCCAGAGCCUGCUGCAUGAAAAUUUCUGAAGAAGAAAACAGGUUUUACAGUGCUCUAGGACGAUCUUUCCGCUCAUGGUUUUUCUCCAGAUCCCUUGAUGAAUCAGCCCUGAGAAAGCAAAGUGAUAAAAUGAGGCACCUGAAACAGGAAGGAGUAUGGGCAAACAGUACUGACCUGAAACAUGAAGGGGUAUGGGCAAACAGCACUGUACCCAUUCAGCAUUCGCGACACUGCAGUUUGGAUUUAGGUCACCACAGGGCACUGUUAAAAGAACAAAGUUUAGAUGAUGAUGAUGUGUUCGUGGAAAGCCUGUCUCUCAAAAAACCACAGUGGUCACCAGCCACAGAUGCACUGAAGGAUUUAAGUUUAAAUGGAGGACACCAAAAUGUAGCUCAGAGCAAGGAUGACAAAGCUUCAUUUAAAAAUGGCUCAGUGGAAGACAGGGACUGCAGCUGUGGUUGUAAUAAAGAUGGUGCUGGUAAGUCCGAUGCCAACAAGCUUUUCAAAAGAACUUCAACAACUGACUCCACUGACUCAGCUUUGGAUUCAGCAGUGUCUGUUGGGGACCAAACUGAUGCCAUGUUGGAUACAAAGGCCUUCAUGCGUUAUUACCACGUUUUUCGGGAAGGGGAGCUGUGUUCUCUGGUAGAAGAGAACGUGCCUGAGCUUCAGAUACUUUCUUCCUGCUAUGACCAUGGAAACUGGUGCAUUAUUGCAGAAAGAAGAGGAAUAUAACUGUAAAGAGAUCAAAGCAGAAUCCAGUGACUGAGGAUUUUAAGCUGCUCCUUGUUUUACUGUGAUUGUGCAGUGUGACAUGGAAUUUGAACCUUGUAGUUGUGUGCCAUUUAUUUGUGAUUUGUUAUUUCUCUGACUAUUUAAUUAGUUAAUGCAAGGUCUAUAUAUAGGAAUAUAAGUGGUAAAAAAUAUUUAUGUUUUGUUAAACUUUUAUGAAAUUAAAACUGGAGAGUUUUAUAUUGCUUUUAGCAAAUAAUUGUGUUUUAAAAUAUACUUUUCUAUUGAGAAAUAAAACCUUUUUGUAAGACAAGGAUCAGGGCAUCUUUUAUGAGAAAUAUCCUCUCAGUAGAAAGUUUAGUCUUUGUUCUUCAAAUCUGAAAGUGUGUCACAUUGCUCCCUGUUCUUCAAGUCCUGUAAAUGAGACAUAGACACUAUGUCUAAAAUUGUACUUGACUAUAUACUGGUAGAGUGCAUUCUGCAGCACUGGGAGCAAGCAUGGUCCCAGUGCUACUUAGUUGGGAGUAGAGUUGAUAAUAGGCAAAAACUAUGUACCAAACAAGCUCUGCAUAUUCUGUCAUUUGAUGUUUGUAUUUCAGAGCAAAUGACAGAACAGAUUUUGAACAGUAUUUUGGACUUUUAUUUUAAAAAUUAUUUAAUUUGUUUCUCAGGUUAAGUUUUAUGUGUUAACUCUCACAAAUACUUAAUUUCCUUUGCUGUAGUUUUUCAUUAGUUAUGUGUAUAUAGAAGUCAGAGGGAUUUGUGAGAGUAUCAGUAUUAUGUAAAAGUUAUAAAAUAUCAAAUACUUGAGAUAAAUAUAUCUUUUUGAUAAGCUUGGGAAGCUAAGAUAAAAGUAAUAAAAAUCCAGUAUAUAUCUGGUCAGCUGUCAUAUUACUUUUCUUAUUCACUGACAUGAGAAUAUAUAUUAAAUUGUAUGUUAAAUAAUGUAGAUUAGAAGAGGAUAAGCCCAGUUUGUAUGGAAAAUACAAAUUCCUGUCUUUGCAUUUUAAAUGAAUCUUUUGAGACCUGAAUGAUAACAGAUUGCUUACACUACUUUCCCAUUCCUUGUAAGAUAAAUUUUACUGAGCAUGGUGCCCCAUCGUUAUCAAUCUGUACUAGGUUGCAGCAAUUACCCUCAUAUUGUUCUUUACACUCAAAUAAUUUCAUCCCUCUCAGUGGGAUGUGAAGCUAUACGUGCUGUGGAUAAAAAACACCUGGCUUCAGAAGAUCAGUAGUGAAAUUGCCAAAAGAAGCAGGCUAGAGUAGGCUAACUGCCUUGUUAGCACGGAGUUACUCCAUUUCUAGGCUUUAUUUGUAGUCAGUGGUUGCAAUGAAGGGCACAUCUUAAGCUGGUGUGAUUUCAUGACCUUUAAUGGAGUUGCAGAGAUUCUCCCCUCCCCCCAAAAAAACCCCUGAACAACCCAAAACCAAACCCCUUUUGUUACAGCAAAACAGACCUACCUACAUAAUUAAGAUGUCUGCCCUAUUAUUUAGCAAAUAGGUUUGAAUACAAGGCAACAGGAGUGAAAUGCCAAACUCUUCCAAUCUGUGCUGUAUAAGCAGAUGGAUUUGGGAUUGUUCGGUAGGAAGCCCUGAUGGUGCUGAGUAUUUUUUGAUGCAGCUUCCCAGCAGUAAAUUGCCACAUGGUAAUGUAUUAUAAAUUUGUUUACUGGAGCAAUGUCCAUAGAGCAAUCAUUUUUGUCUCCCUUAUACCUUGGGAUCCUGAUACUUUAUUCUUUCUGGAUCUGCACCACUUGCGGUCCCCAUGAGCCUUUGAAAAUAAAUGUAUGGCCAAAAAAGCAUACAUCUGAGACUUCUAAAAUAUUAUUCCACUCUAAUUAUAACUUUCAAUACAGCCUGGGGCUAUUGCUCUCAGGUGGUGUGUAUAAUCUAUACUUUAGAAAACUGGCAAUAUUCCCUGCAUCACUGGUCUAGCUGCUCCUGUCUGAGGGGGCAGCACCUGAUGCAUUCUCAGGCUCCAGGUUUAGAAGCUUUGUGCCAAAGUACCCAUGCUGGCAUAUUGCAGAGCCCAUGUGGAUUGUGCUUAGCUCCACACCUCAUUUGACACGUGCUUGUGUCAGACAAGUGACGGCCAUCUCUUUUGUUGGGAAUUUCUGGGGAAGUUGAGGAUUUUAGAAGAGAAGUCUAUUGCUUCCAGGUAAGAUAUGACAGUGGAUAUUCAGUGCUCCUGAAAUUUGGGCUGUAUUUAAGAAAGAGGAAGAUUAUUAUCAUCCUGUAUCCAGUUCUGAAACUUUAUCCCUAAACUCCAGCAUGCAGAAACUCUAUCUCACAUAUAUAAAAAUAUUUAUUAAAUAUUAUUAAUCUAAACUGACAGCUGGGAUUAGUUAAUUAUGAGAAAGAACAUCAUGAUUCUAUUAUCUGCACUUCUGCAAUCUGACUGUGGCGUAUUUGGUAUGUAAUCAAGCAGGCUGAUGAAAUUUGGAGAAACUGAGAAAGGAAAGGUGUGCAUUCUCUUUACAAUAUCAGCUUGCUAUCCUUGCAAGAGACCGAAUCGGGAUCAGUGUCAGGAUCCAGUGAAAACUUGUUGCUGUUUGACAGCUGUUUGAAUAACAGCUGUCACCUCAAAGCUACUGAGGUACUUUAAAACGCUUUUGUGUUUGUAAACUUUCCAUGCAUUGUUUGGUUUGAGGUUCUUGCUUGGGGGCGCUUUUUACAAUGACUUAUUUCUGUAUUGGAUUUUCUCUUGUUCUGAGCUAAUGCCAUUAUGUUGCAUUUCAUACAAGUUUGGAUUGUAUUCUUAUAAAUUCCUGGGAGAGGAAGAGGGGAGGUUUGGUAAACUGCCUUUUUUUUUUUUCCCUCCCAAAUAUUCAAUUUUCCUCUGAGGAUGUAUAAGCACCAUGUAACAUAAUUUUUAUAGACUGGAGAUCAGUCAGCAGAGGUCAUGAGUGUGAGGUCUGCACAGCAAAACUUUAUUCCUGUAUGCAGUCUCCCAUCUAUUUGUAGUGGCUGCCUAGAUCUGUAACAGCUCUAUCAUCUCAUAAGAAAACAGAUCACUUCACUAAAAGCGUGGUGAAGGUCUCUCUUGACUGGUUUUUCUUUUGAUGAGGCCCACCUUAGGCAAAUGUACUUUCCAGAAGAAUCCACAUGAUCCCAGACUUUAAUAGCUUACAGACAUAGUUAAUGUGCUCAGAGAAGUGUGCAUACCAUUGGGAAGUCUAUAGUAAAUUAAUGAAUAAGUAAAUAAAACACAGUUGUCCUCAAAUGCUAAAACUUUCAGCAAUGUCCAGACUGAAAGACCUGACUGUUAUAAGGCAAAGGGCAAAUAUGUUCUUACAUUGCUUGUCUGACAAGUGGGCAAUAAUUUCAUCUCAGUUCUGCUGAUAAUAAACCUGCUUCUGACUUUAGUGGGCUAGGAUUGCUCCUAAGCUGCUUAUCUAGCUCUAAGUGGAACACGGAGAAAUUUUGAUUACAUGAGAAAAGAUGCCUUUUUUUUUUUUUUUAGAAAUUAAUUGAGGUGGAACUUCCUAAGUGUCAGUAUCUGCCUGUUGUCUCUUGUCCUAUUGCUUGGCACCACAAUUGCAAUAAAAAAAUGCACAAUUGAACAGACUUAUUUUUGCAGAACUAAUACAAUUGCAAACUUUGGUAAAUUA